AUGGCUGACGAUACCAAGACCCCAAUCAUUUUCGCACCGGAGACCUACCAGUAUGAUAAGUUUUCCCUGGAUGAAAGCACCAUUGAGAAGGACCCUAUUGGACAAUUUACGAAAUGGUUCAAUCAAGCUAAAGAGGAUCCAACUGAAAUGAUUCCGGAAUCAGUUGCCUUUGCUACAGCAGAACUACCAUCUGGCAAAGUUUCUUGUAGAAUUUUGUUGUUCAAGGAAUUGGACGAUAGAGGCUUCACUAUUUAUUCAAACUGGGAAACUUCGAGAAAGGCUGAUGAUAUCAAGAGUAACCCACAGGCUGCAUUGACAUUCUUCUGGAAGAAUUUACAAAGACAGGUUCGUGUUGAAGGUUUCACUGAGCAUGUCUCGAGAGAGACCUCAGAGCGUUAUUUCAAGACUAGACCAAGAAACUCCAAAAUAGGGGCCUGGUCCUCUCCGCAAUCACAAGUCAUUGAUAACAGAGAGGAAUUGAACACUUUACUGCAAGAAAAUCAGGAGAAAUUCAAAGACGCAGAUGAUGUGGAAUGCCCUCAGUUCUGGGGUGGUAUCAGAGUUGUUCCAUUGAGAAUUGAAUUCUGGCAAGGAAGGGCCAGUCGUUUGCAUGAUCGUUUGGUCUUUGAGAGAAAGUCCGAAAAUGAUGAAUGGGAGCUUGUCAGAUUGGCUCCAUGA